AUGAGCUCAAUACAGAGUCGAACACGCUCAACAAGAAGAAUGGCCAGCCAGUCUACUCUCUCUGCUUCUUCUGCCGCAACCGCCGCUGCUGUCGCCUCUUCUGUCCGCAUCACCCGUUCAAAGAAACUUGCAUCUACAACAUCUUUAUCAAAUUCUACCUCCUCCUCUGUCACUUCUGCCUCUGCAAUCCAGCAGGGCCAAGCUAAGCGACGAGCUGCGCUCGAAGACUUGUCGAAUGUUCAUAAAAUUGCAGCCUUAGGGUCUUCGUCUACAAAAGGUUACAAGAAAAUGCCAGCCAAGAAAAUGGUGAUGGCUGACAAGCAACAACAACAGCCACCAUUAGAUUCUCAACAACAACAACAACAACAACAACUACCAUUACAAGUUCAAAGUAAUGGUAAUAGCAUCACAACAGAUAUUUCCACAGCAUCAUUGAAACCACAACGACAACAACAUCGUUCAACUCGGUCAACCCGUUCAAAACAAUCCUUUAACGUGCAUAACUCUUCCAUUCCAUCCAUUAAUACUACUUCAACAAUCACAGCUACAGCUACAGCUACAACUACAACUACAACUACAACAAAUUCAUCUUCCAUCUCAUCCAGCAUUUUACCUCUCAAACGUAGAGCUGAAGAUCAUUCUUCUACUUCUUCUUCUUCUUCUUCUUCUACUCAUGACAAUAACAACAAUACAUCUAAUGACCAUAAUGACAAGACAAAUGAUAGACUAAAUAUUAAUACCACUACUAACGAUGCUAAUGAAAACAACAAUACACUACGCUUACGAUAUGAAAAAGAACUCGAGCUCCAAAAACAACACGACCAGCUCCUGGUUGAGCAGGUUGAACAACAACAACAACAGCAACUUUUGGUAGAGACUCGUGCGGCUAAGCGUGCGCGCACCCAGCCAUGGGAUGACCUUGAUGCUGAGGACAUUGAGGACCCCCUCAUGGUCUCGGAGUAUGUCAAUGAUAUUUUUGACUACUUUUACACACUGGAGCGUAAAUACAUGCCCGACCCAGACUAUAUGGACCAGCAGCGAGACCUUACCUGGGAAACACGCGGUGUUCUCAUGGACUGGCUUGUGGACACGCACGCUAAGCUCCGUCUCUUACCAGAAACUCUGUUUCUUGCAUUCAACAUUAUCGACCGCUUCAUGACGAUGCGUGUCGUUACCCUCGACAAGAUCCAGCUCGUGGGUAUUGCCGCACUUCUCAUUGCGGCCAAGUACGAGGAAGUGUUCCCCCCAAAUACAAAGUACUUUGCCAUGCUGACGGAUGAAAACUUUAAGGAAGAUGAGAUUUUGUCGGCAGAGCGUUUCUUACUGCAGGUUCUCAGCUACGAGCUGUCGUACCCUAACCCUCUAAAUUUCCUGCGCCGGAUUUCCAAGGCUGACAAUUAUGACGUGCGCACACGGUCCUUUGGCAAGUACUUUUUAGAAGUUGCUUGUCUGGAUCACCGCCAACUCCGCUACCCACCUUCCAGAGUAGCUGCAGCUGCCAUGUUUCUGUCUAGACGCAUUGCUAAUGCGGAAACCGAUGACAUGGAAAACCUGGAAUGGACGGCCAAUCUGGAGCACUACUCUGGCGAUGUAUCUGAAGCAGAACUGAUGCCCAUUGUGCGUCUUUUUGUAGACUUUUUGUCGGAGCGUGAAGUGCGCCAUGUGGCUCUGUUUAAAAAGUAUGCUAGCCGCCGAUUCUUUAAAGCUUCGGUAGUUGCGCGCCAAUGGGCCAAGGAAAAUUACCGUGAAGUGAUGGAACUCUCUAGUGAUGAGGAACGUGCCGCAACAGGUCUUGGUGAUGAAUAA